CAGCUUCCAGGGUUAAUUUUUUUCUCUGUUGGCUUUAUAGCUAACAUUUCACAGACCUGCAGAACAAACUGAAGAAGGUGUUUUGGGAGAGAUGCCUGAACUGUCAGAGUACAGGAUUGUUUUAUGAGUACCGAAGAUCAAACAAUACUAAUAUUUUAAUUUUAUUCUUAAAGGAAAUGUUACAGCUUCUGAGACUUUGAUGCUCUUUAUUAGCCACAAUUACAGAAGGCUAGUUUACCUGAGAAAAAUUCGUUGCCAACAGAUUGCCAGACCUCAGUUUCAACUCCUGAGGAAAUAAGCACUCCAAGAUCAAUCAAACCCACUGUGUUUUCUAUGUACUGUACUGCUUGUUCUGCUCAGUGUGACUUCAAGUAACAUACCGCACACUUUAAUCCCAAAAGGCAGCUGUGAAUAAAUACUGAUUCUCUAGCAAAGAGUAGGACUUUUGAAUGUCCUCAGAGCCCAGAAACAUGCCUGGCACUAGUGGCUAUGGUUCUAAAUAUCCUGGAUUUUUCAGAUUUCUUCUACCUCAAACAGGCAUUGUUUAGGAAAGCUUCCCUAUUAUGCAUUGUGAAGAUCUGUCUAUAAUCAGUGUGUCUCAUAUCUUGUGACCAGUUAUUUUGCUUAGCUUUAUUUUGAAGUCAGAGGAACAAAUAAAGGGAGAGCAGACCAAAGCAGUGAUGAACUUUGAACUUAUUUGAAUGUGAAGCUGAUUAGCUACAAUUCAGAGAGCACAAAACCCCAGUCUGAACACCCUGAAAUUCAGCACAGGAAACUCCUGGAUCUGAGUCUCGUGGUUCACAUGCAUCUUUACCUGCAUCCAUGUGAGAGAUAAAAGCAGCUUCAAGUUGUCUCCUUCCCAGAAACACAGGGCUGCUUCUCCCUUGUGUAAUCCUGCUGAGUUGAGAGAUGACACAGGGUGUCCCAGCUCCUGGACCCCUGGGUUUUCCCCAAGUGCCAAGUCACUCCUCCUCACAGAUAAUUGUUUACCAUCAUCAUCUAAAAGAACUAUGUCUUCCAUGACUAGAUUUACAGGUACAACCACUUAAAAAAAAAAAAAAAAAGUAUUCACAGUGAGGUAAAUAUGCGGGUUUAUUGCAGCCAAGCCACUCCUUUCGGUGCUCAUUCCUUCUUAGACAUCUGCUCGUUGAUGUUAAAACCCUGAGCACCUUUGGCAAGGGGAGUGAACUCUGAAAUCUGCAGCACCUGUAGCAGGGGAGCAAUAUUUGAGAAGGAAGCAUUGUCCAGGGAAAAGCAGCAGCUUCAACUUGUGUCCCAUGUGAGACAAGUGAAUCUGAAGUUAUAUAUUAUAUAAGACGUAGGGGGAUGACAGCAGUUUAUCAUUAACCUGAACUCUGCAAGAAGCAUAUAAGGAGAGAAAGAAGAAGAAAGCCAGAGAAGCAGCCAGGAUGGAAACCAUCAUAAAGAUCAACAAUGCUGCGGACAUCUCUGUUAUUGUCAUCUAUUUUUUGGUAGUCCUGGCAGUGGGACUAUGGGCUAUGUACUCAACCAACCGAGGGACAGUAGGAGGAUUCUUCCUGGCUGGACGGAACAUGGUUUGGUGGCCGAUUGGUGCCUCUCUGUUUGCCAGUAACAUUGGCAGUGGACAUUUUGUGGGCAUAGCAGGAACAGCAGCAGCUGGAGGAAUUGCCAUCGGAGGAUAUGAAUGGAAUGCUCUGAUAUUUGUGGUUAUUCUAGGAUGGCUGUUUGUACCCAUCUACAUCAAAGCUGGGGUGGUGACAAUGCCAGAGUAUCUGAGGAAGCGUUUUGGUGGGAAACGGAUUCAGGUCUACCUAUCAGUCCUUUCACUGAUCGUGUAUUUCACAAAGAUCUCAGCAGACAUAUUCUCUGGAGCUAUAUUUAUACAGCUGGCCAUAGGACUGAAUCUUUACUUGGCCAUUAUUAUCCUGCUUACUAUUACUGCUCUUUAUACCAUCACAGGUGGCCUUGCAGCUGUGAUUUACACAGAUACCUUGCAAACGUUUAUCAUGGUUGUGGGAUCUUUUAUUCUUAUGGGAUUUGCAUUUAAAGAAGUAGGAGGGUAUGGCUUUAUGCAGAAGUAUAUGGAGGCAAUUCCAUCCAAUAUCUCCGAUGGAAACAUUACAAUUAAUAGGUCAUGCUACACACCUCGGGAGGAUGCCUUUCACAUCUUCCGAGAUCCUGUCACUGGAGAUCUGCCAUGGCCAGGACUGGUCUUUGGUGUGAGCAUCAUUGCUCUGUGGUACUGGUGCACAGAUCAGGUUAUUGUCCAAAGAUGUCUCUCCGGCAAGAACAUGUCCCAUGUGAAGGCUGGAUGUGUCAUGUGUGGAUACCUGAAGCUCUUGCCCAUGUUUAUCAUAGUGAUGCCUGGAAUGAUCAGCCGAAUUUUGUAUACAGAUGUGGUGGCUUGUGUUGUUCCUGAUAUCUGCCGGAAGGCCUGUGGCACUGCAGUUGGCUGUACCAAUAUUGCUUAUCCAAAAAUGGUAGUAGAACUUAUGCCAAAUGGUCUGCGAGGUCUGAGGUUGUCAGUCAUGUUGGCCUCCCUUAUGAGCUCCUUGACUUCCAUUUUUAACAGUUCUAGUACAUUGUUCACUAUGGACAUUUACACCAAAAUUCGAAAACGACCAUCAGAGAAAGAGCUUAUGUUGGCUGGAAGGGCAUUUAUGUUACUUUUAAUUGGCAUCAGCAUUGCCUGGGUUCCUGUGGUGCAGUCAGCUCAAAGUGGGCAGCUCUUUGAUUACAUUCAGUCAGUUACUAGCUACCUGGGACCUCCCAUUGCUGCCGUCUUCCUGCUUGGCAUCUUCUGCAAGCGGGUCAAUGAGCAGGGUGCCUUCUGGGGCCUGAUCUUUGGGCUGCUAGCUGGACUCAGCAGAAUGAUUACAGAGUUUGCCUACGGAACUGGCAGCUGUGUGACACCUUCCAACUGUCCAUUCAUUAUCUGUGGGAUUCAUUAUCUUUACUUUGCAAUAAUUCUUUUUGGAGUUUCUGUCAGUAUCCUGGCAGUCUCCUUCAUGACUAAGCCCAUUCCUGAUGUACAUCUUUACGCUUGUGCUGGUCCUUGCGGAACAGCAAAGAGGAACGUAUUGAUCUUGAUGCAGAUGAUGAGGAGGACAUACCUGAUGAAAAAGAUGAGGAGUCAGUUUCAGAGGCAGGUGAAAGAACCAGGAUGCUUAAAGAAAGCUUACAAUGGUUCUGUGGCUUCUAGACCAACAAAAAGGACCCAAACUCAGCAGGAGGAAGAGGAAGCAUUGAAGGAGGAAACUGACUGACACAACAGAAGUGCCACUUUGGAGGAAUGUUGUGAAUGUCAAUGGCAUAUCCUAUUGACUGUGGCUGUAUUUUGCCAUGCCUUUUUGCCAUAAACCUCUGAUUACAGUUCUGAAAUUGUACUGUAUUGUCAAGCAAAAACACUGACUUGUAAAAUUUACAGUUAGACACAUUUAGUAUUUUCAUGGUCUAAAUUUGUUAAAAUCAGGGUGAUUUACUCACUGAUUUUGUGAUCAUAAUUUCAACACUCUAAAGAUCAAGGACUACUGAGAUUUCAAGAGAGAGAAUUUCCAUUUAGAAAUUGAAUCAUUCCAAGUUCAGAAAUUUUCCAUCCAGUAUUCUCUCUUCUUGUGAUACAUUUCAUAUUUUAGGUGCAGAACCAAGGUUGCUUGAACUGUAUUCAUGAGCCCAUAUAUCAGGGUUUGUGAACUAUCUGAACUACUUUUAUCUUUGAUACUACUUUAAUUUUCAACCAUUUCUCUUCUGAUCAUGCAUUUUUUUCUUUUUCCUACAAUAAUUUGAUUACUAAGACAAACAAACAACUGAGGGACUGUAUGGAUUCAAGCUAAAAAAUCACUUUUGUUCCCUCCAAGUACAGAAUAUCUUAAGUAAAGGAUUUAUGUAUAUACUGAUAUAUUUGACACUAUCCGUAACUUUCCAUUAUCGCUUUUUUCCACUUUCACGUUCUAUGAUCAUUUUUCAUUCUGCUGUGUUUCUCAGUAAUGAGUGGAACACUAACCAUCUGAAAUGAUGCCUUUUGAAAUUAGGCAAAACAUUAAUUCAAUGAUCCUAAUAAGAAUUCUACUUAUGAUAGAUUCUUUGUUUAACGUUAACUUCAAAGGUCCCCCUCUUGUAUAUUUUAAUAUGUAACUGUACUUGAAUGUGAAGCUUUUUUUACUACAAAAUGCAUAUAUCUAUAUACA